UCUGUCCGGGCGGAAGGAAGGCAAGGCAGUCAGGCCGGAGGGAAGGCAAAGCGCCUGCGCGGCUGCUGACUGAAACUCCGGCCCCGGCCUCUCGCUUGCCGUAUGUGCGGCGGGCCUUGCGCGUGGAUGCGGCUGGCCGGGCCUUUGGCGGAGGCUGCGGGAGAGAGACGCGGGCGGGGGCCUCUGAGGGACGGCGGUUGGUGUCGGCCGAGCCAUGGGCAAGAAGCAGAAGAACAAGGGCGAGGACAGUGCCAAGGAUGAUAUUGACCUUGAUGCCCUUGCUGCUGAAAUAGAGGGGGCAGGUGCUGCCAAGGAGCAAGAACCUCCAAAGUCUAAAGGCAAGAAGAAAAAGGAAAAGAAAAAAACAGAAUAUGAUGAAGAUGAUAUCUUAAAAGAAUUGGAAGAAUUGUCUCUAGAGGCACAAGGAGGAAAAGUUGAAAACGAACCAGCUGCAAUAAAGAUUGAGAACGACAAUGAAGAAUUCACUGUUUCAAAACAAGAUAAGAAAAAGAAAGGAAAGAAUAAAAAGACUAGCUUGGAUGAUGAUGAUGAUUAUAACAGUGAAGAAAUGGAAGACAAAAAAUCUAAAAAAACUGCAAAAUCUCAGAAGGAAGCUCCCUCUGGCAGCGAGGAUGAUGAUUUUGAUCCCAAGAAAAGGAAAGGAAAAGCCCAGAAAUCCAAAGAGCAUACCCAUCCAGUGUCCUCUGGGGAGAGUGGUGAGGAAUUAGAGGAAAGUUCCGAGUUUAAAAAGGGACCCAAGAAGAACCAGAAGGACAAACCAGUGGCUGACGCUGAAAGUGGUGAUGAAGAUACAGAAUCUGCCUUCAAAAUCAAAACAGUGGCUCAGAAAAAGGCAGAAAAAAAAGAACGGGAGAGGAAAAAACGGGAAGAGGAAAAGGCCAGACUGAGGAAACAGAAGGAGAAAGAAGACAUGGAAGCCAAUAAAGAUCAGGCAAAACAGAAGGAAGUUUCAAAGAAAGCUGAAAAAGAAACAGCUGCGGAUUCAGUGUCAGCACCCAUCACUGUGGAAAAGGGAGAAGCUGCAGAAGCUGAUGAUAAUGAAGGAGAAAAAAAGAAGAAAGAGAAAAAGAAAAAGAAAGGAGAGAAAGAAGAAAAAGAAAAAGAGAAGAAAAAGGGUCCUAGUAAAGCCACAGUGAAGGCAAUGCAGGAAGCCUUGGCAAAGCUCAAAGAAGAGGAGGAAAGGGCAAAGCGGGAGGAAGAAGAGCGCAUCAGGCGACUUGAGGAGCUAGAAUCCAAAAGGCUAGAGGAGGAACGCCUGGAACAAGAAAGAAAGGAAAGGAGAAAACAAAAGGAGAAAGAGAGGAAGGAACGUUUGAAAAAGGAGGGAAAGCUCUUAACCAAAUCUCAGAGGGAAGCGAGAGCCAGAGCAGAGGCCACUCUUAAACUACUGCAAGCGCAGGGUGUUGAGGUGCCAUCCAAAGAUUCUGUACCCAAAAAAAGACCAAUAUAUGAAGACAAAAAGAAAAAGAAACAACAGCAGCAGGAAAACAAAGAAGAAAUUGCAGAAUUGUCUUCUCCAACAGAAGAAGCUGUAGAACAAGUUGCACCGGUAAAAGAGGAAAUUGCUCUUUCAACCGAACCAGUUGUUUCAGAAGAAAAAGAGGAAGAAGAAACUGAUGAGACAGGAAUAGAUGAUUGGGAAGCUAUGCUCAGCGAUGAAGAAAGAGAGAAGGAGAGGAAAACUGUUCAUAUUGAAGUCAAGGAGCAAAAUGAUGAGGAUGAGGAUGAAGAGGACGAAGAUGAGGACGAGGACGAGAGUGAGGAAUAUGAAGAUGGAGAAAGCGAGGGUAGUGAAGAUGAGAAGACUUCAGAUGAAAGAGAAACAGAGUCUCAUGCUGCUACCAAACAAACCACAGAGAAAAAACUAAACAAAGAAAUAAGUUCUGAUUCGGAAUCUGAUUCGGAUGAUGAUCGCACUAAAGAAGAGCGUUCUUAUGACAAAGCUAAACAGCGAAUUGAGAAACGUCGGAUUGAAAAUAAUAAAAAUGUAAACAUGGAAAAGCUACGAGCACCUGUUAUCUGUGUACUUGGACAUGUAGAUACAGGGAAGACAAAAAUCCUAGACAAGCUUCGGCAUACUCAUGUGCAAGAUGGUGAAGCGGGUGGCAUCACUCAGCAAAUUGGGGCCACAAACGUUCCCCUUGAAGCCAUUUAUGAACAAGCAAAGAUGGUGAAGUCUUUUGACAAAGAUGCUGUCAAGAUCCCAGGAAUGCUCAUCAUUGAUACUCCAGGACAUGAGUCUUUCAGCAAUCUUCGGAACCGAGGAAGCUCACUCUGUGAUAUUGCCAUCCUUGUAGUUGACAUAAUGCAUGGUUUGGAACCACAGACAAUUGAAUCGAUAAACUUAUUGAAAUCCAAAAAAUGUCCAUUUAUAGUCGCACUCAACAAGAUUGAUAGGUUAUAUGACUGGAAAAAAAGCCCUGAUACAGAUGUAGCUGCCACUUUAAAGAAACAGAAGAAAAACACCAAGGAUGAAUUUGAGGAACGUGCAAAAGCUAUCAUCGUGGAAUUUGCCCAGCAGGGCCUGAAUUCUGCUUUGUACUAUGAGAAUAAGGACCCUCGCACCUUUGUCUCCCUGGUCCCCACCUCUGCUCACACGGGAGACGGCAUGGGGAGCCUCAUCGCUCUUCUUGUGGAGCUGACGCAAACCAUGUUAAACAAGAGACUGGCACACUGUGAAGAGCUGAGGGCUCAAGUCAUGGAGGUCAAAGCACUUCCUGGGAUGGGUACUACGAUAGAUGUCAUUUUAAUUAAUGGGUGCCUCAGGGAAGGAGAUACCAUUAUCGUCCCUGGAGUAGAGGGUCCCAUCGUCACACAGAUAAGAGGCCUCCUCUUGCCUCCACCCAUGAAGGAACUCAGAGUCAAGAACCAGUAUGAAAAACACAAAGAGGUGGCUGCUGCUCAGGGAGUAAAGAUCCUUGGAAAAGACCUGGAGAAAACAUUGGCCGGUUUGCCUCUGCUUGUAGCUUACAAAGAAGACGAAAUUCCUGUUCUUAAAGACGAAUUAAUACACGAAUUGAAGCAAACACUGAAUGCCAUAAAAUUAGAGGAGAAAGGUGUUUAUGUCCAGGCAUCGACUCUGGGAUCUUUAGAGGCGUUACUUGAAUUUCUCAAAACAUCAGAAGUGCCAUAUGCUGGAAUUAAUAUAGGCCCCAUUCAUAAAAAGGAUGUUAUGAAAGCAUCAGUUAUGUUGGAGCACGAUCCUCAAUACGCAGUAAUCUUGGCAUUUGAUGUGAAGAUUGAACGGGAAGCCCAAGAGAUGGCGGAUAGUUUAGGAGUUAGAAUAUUUAGUGCAGACAUUAUCUAUCACCUCUUUGAUGCCUUCACAAAAUACAGACAAGACUACAAAAAACAGAAGCAAGAGGAAUUCAAGCAUAUAGCAGUAUUUCCUUGUAAAAUGAAAAUACUUCCUCAAUUUAUUUUUAAUUCUCGUGACCCUAUUGUGAUGGGAGUCAUUGUAGAAGCAGGUCAGGUAAAACAAGGCACUCCCAUGUGUGUACCUAGUAAAAACUUCAUAGAUAUUGGAAUAGUUACAAGUAUUGAAAUAAAUCACAAACAAGUGGAUGUAGCAAAAAAAGGCCAAGAAGUGUGUGUGAAAAUAGAGCCUAUUCCUGGUGAGGCUCCUAAAAUGUAUGGGCGACAUUUUGAAGCAACAGAUAUACUAGUCAGCAAGAUUAGCCGUCAGUCCAUUGAUGCCCUGAAAGACUGGUUCAGAGAUGAAAUGCAGAAGACUGACUGGCAGCUCAUUGUGGAGCUAAAGAAAGUAUUUGAGAUCAUCUAAGUUCUGUUAGGCAACGGGCAAUGGCUAGCGUAAACCCACAAUUCCUAUGACAAACAUUGCCAACAGCUUGUAAUGAACACGCUGCUGGAUUUAAUGAAUAUUUUGGGGGGAAAGGUGGAUAAUGUUUUCCAUGAGAAACCAAGUAACUUACACUGGUUUGACAGUGGUCAAUUUACAUGUCUCUGUGGUUCCAUUGUGCCUGUGCACCUUUCCCACUGCCCUUCCCUUUAUACUGGCUACUGUUUUAAAGUUUGCCCUUCUCAACUCACACCCCCAAAAUAAAAAGAAAACGAAAUUUUAUUACAGAACUCAACUUUCACUUUUAUACAAGUAGUAACAAUACUGCAGUAUUUUGAUUAACCAAACUCCUGCAGAUUUUGUGAUUCUUGGACUUCUUUUGAUGUAAGAAAUGUUUAUUUAUGCAAACCUCUUUCCCCCACUUGAUUUUUCAGCAUUCUUCUGCUUUGUGCCUAUAGAAAUUUCAGAUAGAAAAAUUAGGUCAUUGGGUAUCUGUAUUUGCUUCCUGUGAAACAAUGAUGUAAAGCAUAGUUGGCUGCCUUUUACUGCUUGUACAGUUUGUCAGAUUUCAUAAACUGUAAUCAAUGCUAAGCUGCAAAUAAAGACAAUAGACAAUAA